GAUUGGCCGGGCGCGCUGUGCCUGUGGCAGUUGACAGCACCUCCCAGCCAGGCACAGCUCGGCCUUCGCCGCUCAGCCAGCCCGAGACUGCGCCAAGCCCCGCGGAGCUCUUCCCCAGUUCUCUCGCCCGGCCGGGAAGUCUGGCUCUUGAAGCAGCGGCUGCUGUUCCGCGUGUGUCCCGCUCGGGCACUUUUCUCUCCUCCCUCCUGCCUUUCUCCGGGCCAAUGCGCACCUUCCGCCGUCCCUUGGCGCGUCUCCCCGAAUACUCUGCCUGAGACUGGAUGCGAGCUUCGGGACCAUGCAGGUCGGGGCUUCAUGAACAAGCUGCUCCGCUUCCACUUUUCGAGGCAUUCAGAGGUCACCGAACUGCCACUAUGGUUAAAUGUCUUGUUUAAUGGUUGAGAGGUGUGGAGAAAUCUCAUUUGAUAGCCCAGAGCAGAAUGCCAAAUGUGUUCGCAUGCUAGGAGAUGCACGCCUGAGAGGUCAGACAGGGUUUCUUUCUGAGCGACGUGGUUCCUACCCAUUCAUAGACUUCCGUCUUCUUAACAAUACCAUUUACUCUGGAGAAAUUGGAACAAAGAAAAAGAUUAAGAGACUGCUAAGUUUUCAGAGAUACUUCCAUGCAUCCAGGCUAUUGCGUGGAAUCAUACCACAAGCCUCACUGUACUUAUUGGAUGAAGACUACCUUGGUCAAGCAAGGCAUAUGUUAUCCAAAGUGGGAAUGUGGGAUUUUGACAUUUUCCUGUUCGACCGCUUGACAAAUGGAAACAGCCUGGUAACCUUGUUGUGCCACCUUUUUAAUAUACAUGGACUUAUUCAUCAUUUUCAGUUAGAUAUGGUUACAUUAUACAGGUUUUUAGGUAUGGUGCAGGAAGAUUAUCACAGCCAAAAUCCAUAUCACAAUGCUGUCCAUGCUGCUGAUGUCACGCAAGCUAUGCAUUGCUACUUAAAAGAGGCCAAGCUUGCUAACUUCCUCACCCCUCUGGAUGUUAUGCUUGGAUUAUUGGCUGCUGCAGCACAUGAUGUAGACCAUCCAGGAGUCAACCAGCCAUUUUUAAUAAAAACUAAACACCAUCUUGCCGGUUUAUAUCAGAAUGUUUCUGUAUUAGAAAACCAUCACUGGAGAUCUACAAUAGGCAUACUUCGAGAAUCAAGACUCCUUGCACAUCUGCCGAAAGAAGAGAGUCAUGACAUUGAACAACAGCUUGGUUCCCUGAUCUUGGCAACAGAUAUCAACAGGCAGAACGAAUUUUUGACCCAACUGAAAGCUCAUCUAAAAAACCAGGACUUGAAAUUAGAGGAUGCUUCAGACAGGCAUUUUAUGCUCCAGAUUGCACUUAAGUGCGCAGACAUUUGCAAUCCUUGCCGGCUCUGGGAGUUGAGCAAACAGUGGAGCGAGCGAGUUUGUGAGGAAUUCUACAGACAAGGUGAUCUGGAGCAGAAAUUUGACUUGGAAAUAAGUCCUCUUUGUAAUCAGAAGAAAGACACAAUACCUAGUAUACAAAUUGGCUUCAUGACUUAUAUUGUGGAGCCACUCUUUGAAGAAUGGGCCAACUUUACUGGGAACACUCAUUUAUCUGAAAACAUGCUAAACCAUCUGAGAAGAAACAAGACCAAGUGGAAGAGAUUGCUUCCUAAGCAACAUGGCAUCACCAUUGACCACUCACUUCAAAUUUCUGAAAACGAAGAACAGACUUUUAAUGAAGGAGAAACCCCAUAGAGGUGGCACAGCAACAAAAUCCUGCAGGUCUGUUGACCCAUCAUCAAGACAGAAAAUCAAGAAAGCAGGAGGAAAACUGAACCUGAAGGUUACUAUUGGAAAAACCUACAUUAUUUGUAGGUUUGAUUCUGAAGUGCCACCAAAUUUUCCUUCUUCAUCUUAAUAUCUGAAGCCAUUCGUCACCGCUGAUCUCAAGCUUGGGUAAGAUAAUGAAACUGGACUGAUAAGCAGGAAUCAACUCAUAGGAAUAGUGGAGGACACAGGAAAGACCAGUGCAUUUUGGGUUAUCAAGUUGCAUUAACUUUGUGUGAUAUUGAUACAGGUGUUUUGAACAAAGGCUUGGAGUAAUGUACAUUGAAUUGGCAGCUGGGCUGCACAUAAAACUCACCACCAGCAUCAUCAGAAGACAUUUGGCCACACACAGAGAGAAGUUUUAACUGACUAAUGUCUUUUAUAAUUUUUGUAUUUGAUGCAUUGGAAAAGGCAUUUAAAGAACCUUGAAGUAAGAUUAUUCUGUGUACACAAUGAUUUUUUCAUAGUGGUACCCAUUGAUCAUUUUAAACCACUUUAGAAAAAAGACUGACAUUCUCACCGAAAUAACAAUGUUUCCUCUCGAAUCAAAAGGGAAGAGCUGUAUAGUUUAAAUGUUCCCAGAUGUCUCUUUUGAUGGCUGUAUCUGUGGCCUGUUUAUAUUCACACU